AUGGCGUUGCCAGCUAACAUCGACGAGAUAGCCUCAAAAGUGCAAGGAGAGUUGGAGCACACACCCUAUGCCUGCUCCUCCCUCCAGGCUCUGUCUGGCGGGACUGGUAAUUUCAUUUACCGUGCUACUCUGAAAACACCCCUGCCUGAUGGAACUCUGGAAGCCCUGGUGAAGCAUGGCGAGGGCUAUGUCGCCCUGAAUCAGAACUUUCAGCUGCCAACCACGCGGUGUGUAAGUGUAGCCAUUGAUCCGGAACCCAUAGCGCUUCUUUCAGUUGCUGAAAUCUUUGGUGGACAGCGCUUUGAGGAGAUCUGCCUGGAAGCCACUGCCAGACUCCCGCCAACAGGUAAUCCGAGGUGUACAGUCAAGACCCCCAAAGUCUUUUAUUUCGACCCGGCCACCAAUACUCAGGUCCAGGAGUUCGCCCCCAACUCGGCCAACCUCAAGGACUAUGCCAUCUCCCAUCUUGCAGCGCCGACACCAUCCUCUCUCCAGCCUUGCUGCUUGGGUUUGGGUAUGGGCCUGGGAUCAUGGCUACGCGGCUUCCACGAGUGGGCGAGACGGCCCGAGCAGAAGGGACUGCGGGACGAGAUCAAGAAGAACGGCCAUAUGAAGGCUAUGAAGAUCAUGAUCAACUACUCCUGGCUUCUGCAAAGGGUUGACGAAUUCCCCUCGGUCCUUGCUGAUGCCAAGGACGUUUUCACCAAGGUGAAAGAGAUGGGAGAGAAGGAAGCCCAGGACGAGGACAACCUACAGGUCAUUCAUGGCGACUUUUGGACCGGAAACGUGCUCUUGCCUGAUACGCCCCUGAAAGAGACGGACAUCACUCCACUCACCAUCAUCGACUGGGAGCUCGCCCAGCUCGGCGUCCGCGCUCUCGACCUGGGACAGAUGAUUGCAGAACUUUACGAACUGUACCUGUACAAGGACAUUGCCGCGGGGGUGUGGUUCAUCAAAGGCUUCGUCGACGGGUAUGGAGGCAUGGACGACGGCCUCGCCUUUAGGGUUCUGGUCCAGGUCGGUGUUCACUUGAUCUCGUUCGGUACCGUGCCGGGAUGGGGCACCCCUGAACAGGUGGAAAAGUACAUCGUCACCAAGACGGUCAAGCGCCUGGAGGUGCUGGACAAGGAGUCCCGGACGCACGGCGGCGGCCGGCCCGCCAAGAAGAGGUACCUCGUCGGCCUGUCCCUGGGCGCCUCGUCCGCGGCGCUCCUCCGCAUAGCGGACCAGAUCCUUGCGAGCCAGGCCGCCAGGGGCCGCGAGCCGUCCUUCGAGGUGCACGCCCUGCACGUCGACACAGCGGACCUGGACGCCGGCAGCCCCGGCCCCUCGCCGGCCGCCGCGGCGCUCCUGGACCAGUGGAAGGCGCGCCUCCCGCGCUUCACCUUCGAGUCCGUCCCGCUGAGCAGCGCCGCGGCGCUCGACACGGUCGACUGGGCCGCGCUGCCGCUGGCGGCGGCGGCCCCGCCCCCGCCGUCGUCGCACGACCUGCGCCGCGUCCUCGAGUCGCUGCCCUCGCCGACGAGCCGCGCCGACGUCCAGCGCCUGCUCGUGCGGCACGCCCUGCUCGACCGCGCGGCGCGCGGCGCCUACGACGCCCUGCUGCUGGGCAGCAGCACGACGGCGCUGGCGGAGCUGACGCUCGCCGAGACGGCCAAGGGCCGCGGCUUCUCGCUGCCGUGGCAGACCAACGACGGGCCCCAGCCGGUGCGGCGGUACGAACACCGCCAGAACCACCCGCUACUACCACGAGACGACGAGGCGGCGGCGGCGGCGGCGGUGGAGAAGGACGAUGCUGAUGAGAGCCUCGUCACGGUGUACUACCCCGUGCGGGAGCUGUUCCGCAAGGAGCUCGUCACGUACGGGGCGCUCGUGUCGCCGCCGAUAGGGGACCUGGUGCUGCCCGAGGCCGGCGGCGGCGGCAGCGUGGUGUCGCACCGGGACAUCAGCAUCGAGGACGUCAUGAGGCGGUACUUUGAGGACGUCGAGGAGAACUACCCCUCCGUGGUGGCCAACGUCGUGCGGACGACGGCCAAGCUCGGGCGGCGGGGAGAGGGCGCCGCCGGGCUGUGCAGCCUCUGCGGCACGCCGCUCGACGAGCAAGGGGACGAGCGGUGGAGGGGCGAGAUAGGCGACGAGGACGAAGACGAGCAGAGGGCGGCGGUGGCGGGGAAGCUUUGCUACGGCUGUAAGCGGACGUUUCGCGGUUGA